CGGCCAAGGGAGUUAAUAAGGCGCCAGAGCAGAGGCGGAGCACCAUAGGCGAGGGAGGAUCGUCCUCGUCCGAAAGCGGGUCAAAAGUUGAACCACUGAACCCUCACCAGUACGACAACUAUCCUCCUUUCUUACGGCGAAUCGCUCUCUCGCUCCCCACUCAUCGACCAACGCGUGAAGACUUUCUCAAUGCUGCAACUGGUUUCUGGCAACGUGCUCGGAUACGUUUCAAAUGGCUGACCAUUAGGUCCUUUCGCAAGUACAAUGCCGACGACAUAUCGGCUUCGUAACCUGGUUCGUCAUGAGCCAAACCAUAUGGCUAUUUAUCGGAACAACCACGUUCUUUUCAGUGGUCUUCGCGACUAUAAACAGUCUCAGGCUCCAAGAAUAUGUCGCACGAGCAAUAAGCGACUACCUCACGUCGGAGACGGGCAUCACAAUUAUCUUCGAGUCUGCCAUUGUACCGAAGUGGAAGGACUCUCGGAUCUCUUUCAAGAACGUCUACAUCAUUCGGGGGCCCCAUGGUCCGGAGAUUGCUAAGAAGAGGAAGUCGGCCAUGUCAGUGGAGGCAUAUGGUGGCAGUAGGCUACGAUGUCAGCAACCACCCUUCCUUCCAUGUCACGGCGACGAGGAUGAAGAGGAGGGCAUGCAUAUGCACGCGGAAGAAGACGUCAAUUACUCCAUCUUCGACCUGAGCGUGGACUCGAUUGACGUUACCCUAUCGUUUGCGCGAUGGUGGCAAGGGAAGGGCCUGAUUGUAGAUGCCGUCGUAAAAGGCGUUCGAGGGGUACUCGAUCGUCGUUCAGUGGUCUGGGACCCGGACCACCCACUCGAUCCUUCGCUCCAACUCGAGGACGUUCUCCUCACCGUGUAUCAGCCAGGCAACUUCCGGCCCUUCACCGCAUCCAUUUUCCAAUGGCUCUUCUACGACUUCCUCGCUGCGGAGAAUGUCGUGGGUCAGUAUGACAACUGCCUGUUCAGCCUGCACCGUCCGCAGAGCAUAGGCCGUACUACGGAGCAGGACCUGCAGGACGGUCAAUGGGUGCGCAUGUCGCGAUUCCGGAUGGACGGUCUCAACGUCGACCACAUGCAAGCUAUGACGACGCAAGACGGGCCCUUCUCCUGGAUCACCUCCGGCAAGGUCGACGCCGUGCUCGACAUCAAGUUCCCGCGGGGGCCCACGGAGGAGCUGCCGAUCAACGCGCUCCUGGGCGAGCUCGCGGACGCGAUCUCCACCGCGGCAUCGUCCGUCACUGCGGAGCGCAUCCCCGGCCAGCGCGAGCUCGCGAAGCCGCCGCUGAGCGCGCCGUCGGACAAGGAUCUGGUUACGGAGAACCCGGACGUGCCCCAAGUGGUGAUUGAUAUUGACUUGAGGUUCAGGGAUCUGAAGGCGGCGGUGCCGAUCUUUACCCAUGAGCUGAGCUAUGUGAACAAUGCACUCGUGAGGCCGAUCGUGGCGUUUAUGAACGCGAAUCGGACCUUGGUACCUAUCCGUUGUAGAGUCGUGAAACCGCUCAGUGAUUUCGAGGGUUCGUGGACGGUGAGUUGUCUCGACACCAAUCUGGAUACGACCAAACUGCUGACGCUGAAUGCCCAUAGCUCUGGGAAAGUGCGUAUAGUGUUACCAGAUAGUGGGACGCAUCUGACGAUUUCAACAGCUGGUCUAAUGGACAUUAUCUCCCUCAAGGUAUACGAGGCGAUGGCGUACCACGUCGCCCAAGCGAAUUUCAACCGCCGCCUCAAGGUCGUGAGCGCGUGGAGCCUGCAGAUGACCGCGAGCGCGAUGAUCUCCGCACUGCGGACGCUCAUCGACCCCGUCGCGACGCAUCUGCGCGACUUGUACGAGGAGGGAGGAUGA